GUCCCGCUCGGUGAAAUAAUAAAGUCUUCAGUUCAUGUUUGAAGGCCCGGAAGUCGGGGAGUUGGCGUAACUCCGGAGGUAGCUCGUUCCAUAGGGCCGGUGCCGCCACAGAGAAGGCCCUCCCCCCGGGGGCCGCCAAUCUACAUUGUUUGGUCGACGGCACCCUGAGAAGGCCCGCUCUGUGGGAGUGCACAGGUCGUUGGGAAGCAAUCGGUGGCAGAAGGUGGUCUCGCAAAUACCCCAGUCCUAAGCCAUGGAGUGCUUUAAAGGUGGUAGCCAACACCUUGAAUUGCACCCGGAAGGCUACCGGCAGCCAGUGCAGACUGCGCAGGAUGGGUGUUAUAUGGGAGCAACGCAGUGCUCCCUCUAUCACCCGCGCGGCCGCAUUCUGGACUGGCUGGAGCCUCCUGGUGCUCUUCAAGGGGAGCCCCAUGUAGAGAGCAUGGUUAGAGAAUAGGAAAACUAAAUAGAGAUAAAGGAUGGAGAAGACAAGAUAACAAAUCUUGUUACAAAAUUUACAAAAUAUUGUAAACAAAUAAAACUAGAUAUAAAGGGACAAUAAAGUAAAAGAUAGUAAAAAAGAAGGGAAAAGGGGAAUAUAUAAAGCUGAAAGUAGACGGAACGAAACCAUCAUGUAAAAAGAAAACACAUAUCAUGUGUUUAUGUUAUGCAUGUUUGUGUUGUGUUGUAAUAAAAUCAAUAAAAACUUUUUUUUAAAAAAAGGAUACAUUUAUCUGAACCAAAUUCUGAGCGUUGAAGUCCCAUUGAUUUUAAAGUUGUUCAGGUUGAGAAACAAUAUCAUUCUGCAUUAUUGUACCUUUUUGUAUCAAAGCGGUAACCAAGCUGCCAAAAAGUACCAAAAACAGAAAACUAGGCUGUUAUCACCCCACGGCUGUCUAAGUCAAGAGUACCAACAAACCUUCUUCUUUCCGCGCCAAUUACACGGCAUCGAAAAAAAAAUAAUAAAGCCGCAGGAAUAAGCAAAGCGGCUCGACAUUUAUCAUUCAUAUAUCUCAUUCAGAGUUCGGGCGACGGCUUCACGUCUCUACUGAGCAUGUGCACAUAUUUCACACAUGCUCAUUUGAGCGCGCUGGCUGUUCCCUUCGCACCGGCUCUGUGAAGUGCAAAAUAAAAUAAAUAAAAUAAAAUAAAUGGGGCGGGCGUGGGGCGAAAACGGGGGGCGGGGGGGGAAAUAGAAGAGAAAAGGCUGAAUGCAAGAAGAAAGUAGACGCUCCCCGCCCGACCUCGCCGCGAGCCAAUGGCUGAAUCUCGCAGCUCCUUCUCCAGAAGCUCCGAUUUCGCUUCGCUCAGGUCUCCCUGCUGCCCCUCCUCUCCCAUUCCCGCCUGCCGUAUAAAAGCUCCAGCGAGCCUCACGCGUGCCCUUUGCCUACUGCCCAAGGACCCUGGACCGAAGGGAGGAGCAGCAGAAGGUAGCGGCAAUCCCUCCAUCCGUGCGUUUGACCAACUUCAUCGGAGACGAGGGGGGUCCUCCUUCCUCAACUCUUUCCAAGGGAACCCGUGGAAUUUUCAAGUCCGCCUUUCUCUCCCCCCGCAGGGCAACUUUUCCUUUUCGGGAGUUUGGAUGGCAGCCCCCCGGGCUUGGCAUUAAAAGGGAAAGCAGGCGAAAGGAUUCCCUGGAAGCCAACGAGCGAAGUCAAGAGAGAGACGCAACCGCUGAUUUUGCUGGCUGAUUUAGCGGAAUGCUGAACAUGGCGAUGAGGACCGCUGGACCCUUCGCCCUCUUCUUGGGUUUAGUCAUCCAGUUCCUCCCUCCGAUCCAACUCGCUGAUCCCGAAUCCUCUCAGUCGCCCCUUCCUGCAGAUAAGCUUUUAAUUCUAACUAUCGCAACCAAGGAAACAGAUGGCUUCCACCGAUUUAUGCAAUCAGCAAAUCACUUCAACUACACAGUAAAGGUCUUAGGCAAAGGUGAAAAGUGGAAAGGAAGAAAUGGACCAAAUGCUAUUGGUGGAGGCCAGAAAGUACGUCUGAUAAAAUCUGCAUUGGAGACAUAUGCUGAUCAGGAAGAUUUGGUGGUUAUGUAUGUGGACUGCUAUGAUGUUAUAUUUGCUGGUGGACCUAAGGAAUUAUUGAAGAAAUUCCAGAAAACUAAUCACAAAGUUGUAUUUGCAGCAGAUGGCUUGAUAUGGCCCGAUAAAAAAUUGUCUGACAAAUACCCGAUUGUCCGCAGUGGAAAACGAUUCCUUAAUUCUGGAGGAUUUAUUGGUUAUUCACUGAACAUAAAUGAUAUUGUACAACAAUGGGACCUCCAAGAUAGUGACGAUGAUCAGCUUUUUUAUACAAAAAUUUAUAUUGAUCCACUGAAGAGGGAACGUAUCAAUAUUACCUUGGAUCACAAAUGCAAUAUUUUCCAGACCCUAAAUGGAGCUGUUGAUGAAGUUCUUCUGAAAUUUGAAGAUGGAAGAGCCAGAGCGAGGAAUUCUAUAUAUGAUACUCUGCCAGUCACUCUUCAUGGAAAUGGCCCAACAAAACUUAAUCUCAAUUACUUUGGAAAUUAUAUGCCUAAUGGCUGGACUCGUGAAACAGGAUGUGGUGUCUGUGACUCAGAUUUAUUAGAAAUAGCUACAUUGUCUGAGGUGCCAGCAAUAACAAUUGGUGUUUUCAUUGAACAACCAACUCCUUUCCUAUCAAAGUGUUUAGACAGAAUAUUGAAUCUGGAAUAUGCAAAAGAAAAAUUUAGCAUCUUCAUUCAUAAUAAUGAGGUUUAUCAUGAAAAGGAUAUAAAAAUCUUUUGGGAAAAAGCCAAGAAUAUAAUUAAAACUAUAAAAAUUGUUGGACCUGAAGAAAAUCUGAGUCAAGCCAAUGCCAGGAACAUGGGAAUGGAUAUUUGUCGACAGAAUAAAGGGUGUGACUACUAUUUCAGCAUUGAUGCAGAUGUUAUUUUAACAAAUCCAAAUAUUCUGAAGCUUCUAAUAGAACAAAAUAGAAAGAUAAUUGCACCUCUUGUAACACGUCAUGGGAAACUCUGGUCUAACUUUUGGGGUGCAUUAAGUGCUGAUGGGUAUUAUGCUCGAUCUGAAGACUACAUAGAUAUUAUCCAAGGAAGCAGAAUAGGUGUCUGGAAUGUCCCUUAUGUGGCUAACAUAUACUUGAUCAAAGGACAGACUCUCAGAUCUGAGAUGAAAGAAAUAAAUUAUUUCACUCGUGAAAGGCUGGAUUCUGAUAUGGCUAUGUGCAGGAAUGCCCAGGAAAUGACCAUACAGAGGGAAAAAGACUCCCCUUCUGUGGAGACCUUCCAUAUGCUCAGCCCCCCAAAGGGAAUAUUUAUGUACCUCACUAACAGACAUGAAUUUGGGAGACUUGUAUCAACUGCUAACUACAAUACUUCUCACUAUAACAAUGACCUCUGGCAGAUCUUUGAAAAUCCCGUGGAUUGGAAGGAAAGUUACAUAAAUCCCAACUAUUCAAAAAUUUUUACUGAAAGUAUAGUAGAACAGCCCUGCCCAGAUGUGUUUUGGUUCCCCAUAUUUUCUGAAACAGCCUGCAAUGAAUUAGUAGAGGAAAUGGAACAUUUUGGACAGUGGUCUGGUGGAAAACAUCAUGAUAGCCGCAUUUCUGGAGGCUAUGAAAAUGUUCCAACAGAUGACAUUCACAUGAGGCAAAUUGACCUGGAAAAUGUGUGGUUACAUUUUAUCAGAGAAUUCAUAGCACCUGUAACCCUAAAAGUAUUUGCUGGCUACUAUACAAAGGGUCAUGCCUUGUUGAAUUUUGUUGUGAAAUAUACUACUGAAAGACAGCGCUCUCUGAGACCUCACCAUGACUCAUCUACAUUUACCAUCAACAUUGCCCUUAACAAAGUAGGAGAAGAUUUCCAAGGAGGUGGAUGUAAAUUUCUGAGAUACAACUGUUCAAUUGAGUCACCUAGAAAAGGAUGGAGUUUCAUGCAUCCAGGAAGACUUACUCAUUUACAUGAAGGACUUCCAAUUUUGAAAGGAACAAGAUAUAUUGCAGUAUCUUUUAUUGACCCUUAAUUUUAUUUCCUGGCCGUUCAGAGACAACAUAGAACAAACUUUUAUUUAUAAUUUUUCUCCCAGAUGACAGUGACAAAGAAGCUUCUUCUAGACAGCUGCUUAAUUUUGGGCUAAGGUUUUCAAGGAAACAGACAACAAAAAACAGUACUUAUAAACAUCUGCUUUGAGCCUUGAAAUGCAAAUAUAAUAAAAUAAAAAUAAUUUACUUCUCUUCCUGUUUUAAAGAAGUGGAAAGUCCUUGAUGUGGUCACUCUGUAAAAGUGUUAAUAUGGGUUUUCCAUUUGGUAAUUAUCUAAAUAGCAAGCUGCAUGUCUUGACUUUUUAAAAGAAAAAAAAGUGGAUAAUUAUUCAUAUUGUUCUUAGGAUGAAGAUAGAUAAAGAUAGAUAAAGGCAAAGCAUUUGCCAAAAAUUUGUGCCUGGUUUAUUCACAGACUUUUUAAAGUGCCUUAAAAGGGAAAAGAAAGUCUUGACUUGAAAGUAUCUUUGCUCUUUGAUUGGCCUGAGCUUUUCUAAACAAACUUCUUGCACAAAAUCCAGCCUUGACAAUAGAAACCCUCAUUUUGAGAAAACUUUAGAAUACCAAGUAACCUCAGAAACCAAAUUCUUCACUCUUAAAUGAAAAGAAAACUUACUUGAAUGUUGUAUCAGGAUACCAAAAAGCUAAAGUUGUUCUUAAAAGUAAAUAAAUAAAUAAAUCAGGUUUUUGACUUGCCUUUAUUUUUUAAGGGAACAGUUUUAAAUAUUUCUGCUGUGCCUACUGUUUGUAAUUUAAAAGUUUCACUUGACAAAAGAUGAAAUCAAGUCUGAGGUGCUAAAGUACGUAUAUUUUGAGGUAAAUAAAAAAUUAAAA